AACUUUUACGUCAGUUUAUCGGUAACGUUCGCGGAAGGUGUUCGUGCUGUUUGUCAUCUACCCAAACUACUUUUACGUGUCCGCUUAAAAACCGGUUUGAAAGUGCUCCGAGGUGUGGCACCGCAUUCAACCGUAAAAUACUGUUUUCAAAGUUGAAAACUUGUGAAAAAGUGCUUUAGUGAGUCAUUGCCGGCCCAAUAACGUUUUUAUCAGAAAGCGGCCAGCCAGUUCGAAACUAGUUUAAGGAUAAAAAAACAAAAACCCUCUGGACCGCAUCUAGUAAUGCUUGUGAGUUUAUCUGUGCAACAUUGAAGUUUGUUACAAGAUGGCUGUGUUUCCCGCGUUUUUUGGAUUGGUCCUAGUCUCACUAGUGACAGGUCAAACUGUUGAGAUCACCCCACGAGAGGCGGUGAGAAGAGUUGGGGAUGACCUCACAGUACUCUGCAAAGUCUCAUACCCAAUUGACUCUUGUCGGAUGACAGUGGGUUCGACGCCCUAUAGAUUGAUACCAAGUCAACAGGAUGAAGAAGUCGUCUACUCAGGGCAGGGGUUGCAGUUCGGCGAAUGUGGCGCACACAUUAAGCAUAUAAAAGAGGAAUGGAAUGGCAAUAUCUCCUGUAUGCUGCCGCCGCCGAGUGGGAGUAUUGAAGUCACUGGUAUCAUGCGGCUUGUUGUUGCCAAGCCACCAGCCAACCCUCAACUGAUAUCACCCCCGCAGUCCAACUUCAAGGAGGGAGACGUCUUCAUGGCGCAAUGUAUUGUACCAAACGGACGACCGGUUGCUAAAAUCACAUGGUUUUUGGACGAUGACCAAUUCCUCACAGGCGUCCACCAGCCAAUAAUCACCUCCGAGCCAGGCAUCGACUUGGAGACUAUCAGCCAAAAUAUCACUAAGGAACUGUCAGCUGACGAUAACGGCAAACGGCUGGUCUGCAGAGCUGAACACGAAGCUUUAGAUAGUCCUAGGGAGGCUGCGAGACAGCUGGUCGUAUAUUACCCACCAAAGCGCACAGAGGCCGGCCAAGUCACAAUAUUUGGCUUGAAAAUUGGUUCCGAAGGACGUUUGAAUGUAACUGUGAGGGCUAAUCCACCUCCCGAAGCUCAGUGGACCGUUGGAGAGUUGGUCUUAGCUGCUCCUCAAAAGAACGAAGACUCAUCCAUCACCGCCUUGGAACCCGUGCACUUGGGUGGUGGGUACUACAACGUAACAUUAGUACUGACAGCGGUGGCUAAAGAAGACGUCGAUAGAACAUACUACCUGAGAGUAAGCAAUGAUUUGGGAAGGGAGGAAUUCGCCCUACGACUGAGUACCAUGGACGAACCUGCAGCGCGGAAAGAAAUAACGUCAUUACUUAGUUUCGAUGUAUAUGGUGUCCAGCUAAGUCCUGGUGCAAUUGCGGGAAUCGUAGUGGCGAUUUUGCUUCUCAUUACACUGGUAUCACUGACUGUGUUCGCCAAGGCUACUGACCGGUGGUGUUUCGCAGGGCGGUCUCACCGCACCGACAUACCGGACGGGGCUGAUUCUGAGGCACCCCUCCCCCCACACGAUGACAUCAAGGGCUCGGAGAAUCCAACCCACGAGCAUGGAGACUUCAUCAGUAACGGAGACACAAAACACCCAGAAAAGAAACCAGAUACCGCGGUCUAAGCUUGUAAGUCGGAGCUGUCACUGUCACAAUGACAGGACGUUUAGACGCCAUGACACUUGUCAUGUCUUCUGAAUUUACUAUCUUAAAACUAGCUUUGACGUUUUGUCAACUUUACAGUAGCAUUCAUAAAUAUACAGACUUGUAUCCCAGUAGAUUUACCUCUUAUAAAACGUUAAAACAUCUAUAAUAGGUAGGCAACCUAUAGCCUCAGAAUAUAACAUUUUAGAUGUUCUUUUGUUUAUAUAAAUUUAUUGAUACUGAUAAACAUUGAUAAAAUAUACGAGUCUUGGUCAAAUAAUCAAUUCAUUUAUGUAUCAAUCCAGCACCUACUUCAUAAAAUGUGCCAAAAAAUAUUGUACCACAACGGACAAAAAUUUUGUUUGAUAUGCUAAUAAUGACUUGGCUAUUGUAUUGUGACAAGCCAUAGGGGCUGAUCUAUGCCAUGAUAAUCAAUGUCAAAUCUCAUAUUAUUGUAAUAUUAAAACGUCAUGACAAUUGACUAUAUAGUAGAUAAAACAUGUAUAGUUAUCGAAAUUAUUAUCUUAAAGUUAAUUUUAUUGACAUUUUAGAUGUAUGUUAAAUCUCUUGAAUUAUAUAAACAAUUAAAUAAAGAUUUAAAAUAAUAUUAACUAAAUAUUUUAACCAAUACAUUGUGAAUCAUUUAAGGUUGAAUGUUAAAUAUGACAGGACAGUAAUUAUUUUAACUUUAAUCUUUUCUAGAGAGUCUUUAAUCUUAAUGUUUCAAUCUUUUCGUAUCUUUUAGUGUAUUUUACGAUUUUUAUAUUACCUAGAUAUAAUGCCGAGAACUUUCUAGACCCGGUGGUUAACACUAUGGAAAUAUCCCAACUCAUUCUUUGUAAAUAACACCAGCCCACCGCUCUUGGGUCUUAUAAGCUAAUUACACUAUAAUUGAAAAUGUGAUAACUACGAAUAUCAUAUUUGAAGAGUGGAUUUUUACUUUUAAUUGCUCAGUGACAUAAAUUAAAAUAAAACAUAGGUAAUAAGAUAUUGGAUGAUGUGUUUUCCUAUACAAUACAAUGACAUUUCAAUACCAUGCUUUUUACUUUGAAUAUUUCAUACAUACAUAGUUUGUCUUUAAAUCUCAACUUUGUAGUAUUUUCAGAAGAAUGACGGUAGUUCCAAAACGUGACUAACAACUUUUCACUUUGACAGUACCUACACAACAAUUUUUUUUAGUUUGAGUUAAACCUAAGUUGUAAUAAUGUUAAUGCUUGAUGUUUGCAUAAAAUACAAAACGUAAGGAAAACACUUGUUCGAUGUCGACCUAAUAAUUAUAUGGUAAACUUUUUUUUUUUUUCAAUGUUAAAAAACCUAACGGAGCGUAACGAUGAUAUCUUGAAUGUCUUACUAUUGAAUACAUCAAAAACCUAACAAACACAAUUUUAAAUAUUCCUUUAAAAAUACAAUACAUGAUAGAAAAAUGUCCUCGUUUAAAUAAAUAUCACCUACGUAGCCAGCGCGUGUCAAUAGUCAACAAAUUCAUUUCAUUCGCACUGGUGUGUUUGCUUACGUUGCACUGUUCAAAGCUUAGCCCACAAAUAUUAUUAAAUUAAACAAUAUCCUUUGGUUACAGGGUAACCUGGGCAGACAUCGUAUUUCGAAAAAUAAAUUGCUGAAUCUCCGCAUUUUUAACACUGGCAACACUGUAGGAAUUCAUAUUGCAUAUAUUUUCAUGUUAUAAAUUAAAAAAAAAAAAUUAAGACGUUCUUUUUAAAAAAUCGUGACACCCGUCACUACGUUUUGUGUGCACUUAAAAUAAAACGGCGUUUAUAAUAUAAUAAAUAAAGUAUUUAUUACUAAGUACACGCUAAAUUAUGAAAUAGUAGAUGUAAAUUAGUAUUGACCUCGAAUUUAUUUGAAUAUGAACGAAUUUAAAUUUCAAAUGCAUGACAUCAAAUAUAAGAAAUACGUAAUUGCCAGGUGUUUUUCUAUAAUUUGUACUAAAUUGAUUUUUAUGUCUUUUAAAAUGUGUGUUUGUUAGUUUUUCUAUGUAUACCUACUAAUAUGAAUGUAAUUACAAGGCCUAUGUUUUAAUUUUCUAUAUUCAUGUGCUAUAAGCCUUUUCAUUUUAGAUGAUUUGUCCUUAUCUAUUUCUUUAAUUCGUUUAAAACUUGACAAAAAAUUAGUACGUGGCGGUUUAUAGUACGUUUGGAAUAAGUGAUCUUUAGCCUAAAAUCUUUGCACCUUGUGAUCAAUGUAAUAUCAACGAUCAUUUUAAUAUUUGUUGUUAUUUGUCAAAGCGUUAUCUAUGAAUUUUGACAAGUGCAAGGCCAUGCGAUAUUUGAAAUAUAGGCUUUGUAAAUUAUGAUUAUAGAACGUAUGACGAAUCUCAUUGAUGUUGUGAAUUCAACGAACUAUAGUUUAUUAUAGAUUUUAUAAUUCAUGAUUAAAAUAUUAAAUUUUGUAUAGCGAAUCAACUAAAUAAAACGGGACUAAACCAAAACUAUCUUGUGAUAGUAAAUAACGUUGAUUAUAGGUAAAAAAUGACUAUUGCCUCAUUAUUUUACAUUUGGCAGCUAAAGACAGUAUCUUUAUGGACUUUUAUAUGAAUUACCUAGUAAGUUUGUGAUUCGCGCCGCACGUCUUGCGCAAAGCAAGACUUUGACAGGCAUACAAAAUAUUUUGUUGAUAAAUCAUGUUGUAUACCGUGUAUUUACGUAUUACAGUUAAGUCCAUUAUUAUAAGUUCACCGACCGUACAUUAGAAAAAUAUAUAUUUUUAGCUAUGUAGAAGGUUUCACUUUAUAUACAUAUUAACAAAAACUUGGGAACGAAUUUAAAUACAAUCAUUUUGAAACGCAUCUGACUGCUAGAUACUACGGCGAGUUUUUGACAGAUUGUUUACUUAUUAAAUAUUUUAAAAUUCUUCCCCUUUUGCAUUGUAAUCCCAACCUUAUAGUUAAUAUAUCACUAUCAUUAUAUAUUGAGUAAUAUUGUGCGGUCGGUAUUGUGUUCGUUCCAAUAUUAUUUUAUAUUUUGUAUAUAUUAUGUAAUAGUAUUAAAAUAAGCCUACUUAAAUUAAUUUUAAGGUUAGCUUUUUUGUAUUUUUGAAUUAUUUGACCGAUUUUACAAUUUUUACAGCUGCUCAGCAAAAUGGCAUAAAGACUAGACUAAACAAAUUAGUAGCUCAAUAAAUUCCCCUCGACAUGUGUUCUUAAUGUUAUAUUCUAAAGUUAUUUGAACAGUAGGUGGUAAUUGCGACCUUAAAUUGUCUUAAAUAUUUGACGUGCAAUCUUGCCGAAAAGCUCUGAAAAUCAUAAUACUAUCAUAUUUUAACAGCAAUAAGACAGAGAUAGACGUAUCAUCACUCUCUUUCUUGACUUGAAUAGUAACCUAAGUGGCUCAGUCUUUUCUCUAUGCUGUGUUCUCAUUGACAUUGUAAAGUCGCGUACUUAAGUUUUGUAAAGAUCGAUACUUAUUAAAUUAAGUCACCGUUGUAAGUUUAUAACACGUUUACAAAAGCACUGCCAUUUUACAAAACCAAAAAUGUAAUAAUUCCAGUACUGCCAUACGAACAUCACAUUUUGCAAUUUUAAAUGUUUUUAUAAAAUAAAUUUCUAAAUCAAUUUUAAUGAAUUAACGUGUAUAGAACAGUAUGUUAUCAAUUAAAGUAUUUAUUAAAUAAGAA